CUAAAAGAAAAUCUUCUCUCUGUUACUAAGAAAAAGUAAAAAAGAAAAAAGAAAAAGCUCCCUUCCCGUUCCCCAUUCUCCCUCCCCAGUGUUGGAUAACGCCGCCGCCGCCGCCUCCCAUCUUCUCGUCGUUCUCGGAGGACGAGGGCAGGAAGGAUAUCGCCUCCGGUGGCUGCACCGUCGUGCCCUCCAGCCGCGCCGCCGUAUCAACGGGACCUUGCGCGGCUCCCUAUUAUUUCAGCUCCACCCGCGCCACCAUCGACGGCGCGGCUCCUCGCGCGGAUGCAGCGGCGCUCCUGGCCGGUAGAGGAGUGAGAGGCCACUGCUUCCUCAGCAUGGUCCUGCUCGCCGACGACGAAGCCCUCCGAGGAGACGGCUCCACUGCUCCGAGCUCCUCCGACCUACUGCUGCCAGCGCCAUGGAGGUAGUCGUCCAACAAGAGCGACGUACGUGUGAUCAAGGAAGGGACAUGCAUAUGGAAGCAGUAAUAAAGCUGCUACCCGACGACGUGCUCGCGGACAUCCUCCGCCGUCUCCCGCCGCGCAGCCUCGCGACGUCACGCUGCGUCUGCAAGGCCUGGCACGACAUGAUCGACGCCGGCCAGCUGCUACGGGCGGACCUCCUUCCGCACACGCUCGGCGGGAUCUUCAUAGACUUCCGCUUCCUGCAGGUCUCCGAGCUCUUCCGUCCGUCGACCAGGACCGCGGUCUCCGGCGACCUCACCUAUAGCUCGGCCAACGCCGCCGUCAGCGAGCACUGCAACGGCCUCGUCCUACUACCCUCCCACACGGUGGUCAACCCCGCGACGCGGCAGUGCGCGCAGCUGCCGCCGCUGCCACCGCUGCCCUCGCGCGCCGGGAUGGAGGAUUUCUACGUCUUGGGAGGAGACAAGUUUCUGGUGUUUGAUCCCAGCGUCUCUCCUCACUACGAGGUGGUCUCGAUCCCUCUCGUUCCAUUUGAGGAGAGGCUGGGCCGGAUGCCCAGGGAAUCGGAGUGGCCGCCGUCGCUGUUCGUCCUGCCCGUCUACUCGUCGGAGACGAAACGGUGGGAGGAGAGGCCGUUCGUCCGGCAAGGAAGCGCCGCGGGAACCAUCGCCGGCAUGCUGGAGGAGGACAGGCUACACCUGGGCGUGAAGCGCUACGGCGUGUACCUGCGCGGGGCGCUCUACGUGCAGAUCCAAAACGACUUCUGCUGCAGGAUAUCGAUGGCGGACCGUAAGUAUCGGGUGAUCCGCCCUCCGGCGGGCAUGGAGAUGGCCGAGUAUCCGGAGCUUCAUCUGGGCAAGUCGGGGAACGAGGUCCGCUGCGCGCUGGUGGAAGACGCGUUCAGAUUUCUCCGGGUUUGGGGGCUGGACGAGUCGCGCGGGCGAUGCAAGUGGGCGCUGAAGCAUCGCGUCGACCUUCGGCAAGCGCUGGCACGUGGGAUGUGCCGUCGGGAAGAAACCGACGAGCGUUGGAUCCUGGAAAAUGUCAACGACGGCGGCGGCGGCUCCGACGGAGAAGAAGAAGGCGACGAUCAGGCACCGGCCAAAUCUGAUUAUAUGAGUUUCCUCGGGUUCCAUCCUUUUGAGGAUGUCGUCUUCUUGUGCGAUACUUUGACGAGGGGGUUGGCCUAUCAUUUGAAGCGCUCGAGGCUUGAGUACAUGGGCAUCCUGCGUCCAAGGCACUACGGCCAUAUCGCUGGCUCGGUUGCAGGUGUAAAUGCAUCUUUUCCCUACACGCCCUGUGGGAUGGGGGAACUGUCGUAAUAUAUAUAUCGUCGUCGCCGGCACAAGUGCCCCGCCGCGGAGCCUGGGCUGGGCGCACGGACGGCGCAGCAGCCCGCUGUAGAGCGGAGACGGUGAGUGACAACUUACAAGCAAGGCCACGCCGCGAUGACGGAGUCAGCGGGAGCAGCGGCAUGGACGGGGCCGGCAAGACGACGGCGCUCAAGGAACAGCGCAUGCAUGCGUCGGCGACAACCGGAUGCCGCGGAGACGGCUGCCGAAGACCGAGCUCGCGGGGACGGACAGUUGGAGGUUGGGCGGGCGACGAACCGUUGAAGGCAGGUCCAGGAUGGCAAGCUCUCCACUGUGGCGGAAGGAGCUGAGAGCGCAGGAUUAUUAUUAUUACUAUUUGCAUUUCCUUGGAAAGUUUUCACGUUCAUGAAUAAGAUUAGUGAUGGCUACUACUCCCUCUGUACCGAAAUACUUAAGUUUCCUCAACUACAAGUAUUUCGGUACAGAGGGGGUGCUAGUGAUAUGGGAAUCGAUGCAUUCAUUUUGUUGUAGUUCCUCCGAAGAUAAGAGUCUUGAUUGUUUUGUAAUAGAAAC